ACAUGUGGCACUUGCGCAACUCCCCUCCAAGCAGCCUGUGAUCGGCCUAUUUAAAGGAUGCCCGGUGUGGGAUGGAGACACACAACCUCCAUCCUCCGUCCUCCAUCCUCCAUCCUGGUCCCUCUCCGUCCUCCAGCCUCUGAGCGCUCUCCAAGCACAUGAAGACGGACGGAGGGACGCAGACGUUCGGCGGCAGGAAGCAGAGUCUGAUCGAGGAUGCUCGGCGGGAGCGCAGCGGCUCGUCGGGCUCCCCGGGGCCCUCCCGGUACGGAGACGGCUUCGUGUUCGAGGAGAAGCAGGGCAGAGUCACCGUGAACGUCCUGUUCGCCCUCAGCGGGGGCAAGAACGCAGGGUUCUUCAAAACGGGCAAAAUAUUUGAGACGUUUGAAGCCAAACUCCUCCACAUCGAGAGUCGACCAGGCAGGAAGUCGAAGAACAGCACGACUGACCUGGAGUUCUUCAUGAAGUGUGAAGUUCACAGCUCCGACCUGGACGUGUUCAUCAACUCUCUGAAGAGAGUAGCUGAUGAUGUCCGCUCCAUACCGGAGGAAAAGGUUCCCUGGUUUCCCCGACAGAUAAAAGACCUCGACAGAUGCAACAUGCUAAUAACCAAAUUUGAUCCGGACAUGGACCAGGACCAUCCGGGAUACAACGAUUCAGAGUACAGAAAAAGACGGGCUGCCAUCUCUGAGCUGGCCUUCAGAUACAAACAAGGAGAGCCGCUGCCCACCGUGGAGUACACAGCAGAGGAAAUCUCAACAUGGCGGCAGGUUUACCAGCAGCUGCGCAGUAUUUACCCCAGUCUGGCCUGCAGACAGUUCCUGGACGGCCUGCAGCAGCUGGAGAAGGAGUGCGGCUAUGGGGACGAACAAAUCCCUCAGCUCCGAGAGAUCUCUGCCUUCCUGAAAGAGAAAACUGGUUUCCAGCUGCGUCCAGUCGCCGGCCUGCUGUCAGCCAGAGAUUUCCUCGCCAGUUUGGCCUUCAGGGUGUUUCAGUGCACUCAGUACAUCCGACACUCCUCUGCACCCAUGCACUCCCCUGAACCAGACUGCUGUCAUGAACUACUCGGCCAUAUUCCCAUGCUGGCAGAUAAAGAAUUUGCCCAGUUUUCCCAGGAGAUUGGACUUGCCUCACUUGGAGCUUCAGAUGAGGACAUUGAGAAACUGUCAACGCUGUACUGGUUUACUGUGGAGUUCGGCCUCUGUAAGCAGAAUGGAGCGGUGAAAGCUUACGGCGCUGGACUGCUCUCCUCUUACGGAGAGCUGGUUUACGCUCUGUCAAACGAACCAGAGUACAAACCCUUCAGCCCCGAGGAGACGGCGGUGCAGCCCUACCAGGACCAGACCUACCAGCCCGUUUACUUCGUGUCCGAGAGCUUUGAGGACGCAAAGAUCAAGCUGAGGAAAUACUCUGCCAACAUCAAGCGGCCCUUUGCAGUCCGCUACGACCCCUUUACCUGCAGCGUGGAGGUUCUGGAUCAGCCCAGGAAGAUCCAAAAUGCCCUGAGCCAGAUGAGAGAAGACCUGAAGACUCUCCACAGCGCCUUGGAGAAGCUCAGCUCAUCUUAAAACCAGGAACAGAGAUGAGAAAGUUAUACAUUGGUGGAAAAGAAGCUUUCAGACACCCUUAAAAUUUGACACAAUCUCAAAUAUUAGCAUGAAAUAUUUUUGGAAAAAUCUUUUCUGGGGUUUCGAAAGGUGUGCCUGCAUUAGACAGACACAAACAAAUACAAAUUAUAUAUUUUUUGGUUUAUUGUUUACAAGAAUAACUGUAUUCUUGACAGUUUCAGUUUCAGUUUUCAAAGUCAGCAAAUAACAGAGAAUGUGUUCAAACCUGGACAAAAAAAUGAAUAAACCAUCACAUCAUCAAAUUAAUAUUUAGUAGUCUUGCCAUUAGCAGCAGUAGAGCUCUAAUCCUGACUGGCAUGUUCCUCACAAGCCUUUCACACUGUAGAUUCUGUAGAACUUUCAAAUGUGCUGGUUUAUAUAGACACGAAGCACGGCAACAAAAAUUGCGUCUUUUAUGAAAAAGUACGACCUUCAUUAGAGGAUCACUGGUACCAAAAUGACCCAAUACUCAAAAUUUCUUCAUCAAUUUUCAGUUUUUAAUGCCUUUUGUAGGAUUUGUUUAGUAUUUUGGCUGUGACUAUACUAAUAGAGAUUGCACUUGAAGACCUAAGAGUGAUUCUUUUUGCAAUAUUUCACAAAUGCACGGGGUGUCUGACAACUUUUUCCACCAUUGUACAUGCAGAGACGUGACCGGACAUUUGACCUGUGUAGAGUAAACUCUGUACAUGAGAUCAACACAGAAAAUCACCAUGUAGUCGGGUUAGUGAGCGUCCACUGGGACAUUUACUGGUGUGUAUAAUGUAUUAUGUAAAGAAAUAAACAUUUAUUUUCAUGA